AUGGAUGUGGGAACAUUAUUAAUGCAAGCAAACAAAGCUUCCAUCAAUGAACAUAUGUUACUUGAAGAAGGAAUGUCAAGCACAACAAAUGAGGGCAUCAAUGUGGCAUACAUACCUCACCUUGCUGAAAAAGUAGUUGAUUUUAUAAUUGAAGACAAUACAAAAAGAAAAAAUAAAUUGGAAGAAAUUCAAAUAGUAAUAUCUGAUUACAGAGUAAAUAAAAUAGAACAAGGACAAAUUUACAAGGACAAGAACACAAUCAAAUCAGCUCUUAGCUACUAUGCCAUGCUACAUAACUUCCAGUUCAAAACAAAAAGAUCAGAACCGAGAGAAUACCUGGUUACCUGCAUAGAUAACACAUGCAGCUGGUUUGUGAGAGCUUUUAAAUACGGAAAUCAAGAUUUAUUCAAGGUACGAAAAUGCAUUCCAAAUCAUACUUUCUCUGUUGAAAUUGUUAUGGAGGAUCAUAUGCAAGCAAAAAGCAUCAUAAUUGGGGAAUUAAUAAAGAAUAAGUACAAGUCAAUCAAAAUAAAUUAUACUCCAAAUGACAGCAUGAAUGACAUGAAUGAUGACUUUGGAGUAACCAUGGGAUACACAAAAGCAUGGAGAUCAAGAGAAAAAGCUUUGCUUCUAGUAAGAAGGAACCCCGAUGAUUCAUAUCAAAAGUUGCCAAUGUAUCUUUACAUGUUGAAGCAAGCAAAUCCAGGAACAGUAACACAUCUACUCACAGACAAUGAAGAUAGAUUCAAAUACCUAUACAUAACUUUCUCUAACUCAAUCAAAGGUUGGAGAUACUUGAGGCCUAUCAUUGUUGUUGAUGGAACAUUCUUAAAAAAUGCACAUGGCGGCACCCUAUUUUCAGCAUCAACAUUAGAUUCAAACAACAACAUUUUUGUCUUGGCUUUUGGAAUAGCAGACUCAGAAAAUGAUAACUCUUGGCUUUGGUUCUUCUCCAAACUGAGAGACACGUAUGAAGAACCCGAAGGAUUGGUUAUUGUUUCCGACAAACACAAGAGCAUAGAGAAUGUAGUACAUAUAGUGUACCCAAAUGCGUUCCAUGGAGCUUGCAUGCAUCACUUGCUCAAUAAUUUGAAAAGCAAGUAUGGAAAUCAUGAAGAAGAGCUACAAAUGAAUUUCAUUGCAGCAGCAAAAGCAUACACAAAAACAGAAUGUGAACACUAUAUGAAAGGCCUUGAUAGACUUGACAGACGCAUUAGACCCUAUUUAGAGAAAGCCAAGUAUGAAACUUGGGCAAGAUCAUACUCACCAACAAAAAGAUACACCAUGAUGAUAUCCAACAUUGCAGAAUCGCUCAACGCUGCACUAAAAGCUACAAGAAAUCUCCCUAUUGAUAUCUUGAUUGAAUGUCUUAGAAGUUUGGUUCAGAAGUGA